GGCCAAGAUGGCGCUGGGAGGCCGGCGCUGAGGCGGAGGGAGGGCUAUAAACCGGGGCGGCCGAGGGGGCGUCGUCGUGGUGGCGGCGGAGGGAGGCCGAGGCAAGCGGGAGCCCGGGAAGAAGGCGCCGCCGGCGGGGAGCAAGCAUGCCCUUCUUCCAAAGGUAAUGUUGCAUGUUGCCCCAGGGAAAAUUCCCCCUGUUGGUAGCUGAGAGAGGUCUGUGCAUCGCUGUUGUGUACCACAUAACUAUCACACCUUGCCACUGCACCAUGCUGACCACACCGGAUCCCAUCCGAUUUCGGAAGCUAAGCAAGGCUGGGCCUGGUGCUUGGAUGGAGACCAUCAGGGAUCUACAGAGGUGUGUACAUGUUCCAGUCAUGUAUUGACUUAUGGCGACCCCAUGAAUUUCAUAGGGUUUUCUUAGCAUCUGUGCAAGCCCCGUUCUAUUGAUGGCCUGUUGUGAUUUCAAUGGAACAUCAUGGGAUAUCCCUGGCCCGUCAGGCAGCACUGGAUGGAGGUGCCUUUAGCCCCAUGUACCUGGCAUGGUGAUAAGGUGAACAGUGAAAGGAAGAGAAGGUGGAGAUGGAACUGCCAAAUCAUGCCAAACAACUGCUGCUGCAGCUAAACCAGCAACGAGCCAAAGGUUUCCUCUGUGAUGUGAUCAUUGUUGUAGAAAAUGCCCUCUUUCGUGCCCACAAGAAUAUCCUGGCUGCCAGCAGCAUGUAUUUCAAAUCCCUUGUCCUGCACGACAACCUGAUCAACUUAGAUACAGACAUGGUCAACCCAACCGUGUUCCGGCAAAUCUUGGACUUUAUUUAUACUGGCAAGCUCUUAAUGACCGACCAGCCUGGUGAACAGAACUUCAAUGCUCUCCUCACCGCCGCAAGCUACCUCCAACUACCUGACCUGGCAGCCCUUUGCCGAAAGAAGCUGAAACGCAAUGGGCGGUCUUUCGCUGGCAGGGCUGGCGGUGCCCCCAGCGUUGGAAGACCUCCUCGUAGCCAGAGACUUUCUACUGCUUCAGUCAUCACUCGUUAUUCAGGGUCAACUGAGGGGAUGAAGGGCUCUCACUCAAAGGAGAUGCCAAAGGGAAAGAUCUCAGAUGAUGAGGUCUUCAUCAGCAGCUCCAACCAAGAGAAUUCUCAUGCCUUCAAUAGGGGAAUUAGUAAGAAUGGCGGAGACGGAAGCAGCAGCAGUGCAAAUGGGAGUAGCGGGGACCAAGAACUUGGCCUCGACCUGUCCAAGAAGAGCCCCUCGCUUCCUCCAGCACCAUCCCAGGAUGACACACAACACAGCGAAAGCCUGCGUGGUUCCCCGCAACCUCCCUCAGCCCCUGCAGCCAACAGUGCCUCACCAUUUGAAGAAUCCAUCGCCGGAGCUCCCCCUAGCCUAGUUGACAACUGCGAACCCAUGGACAUGGACUUGAGUGAGGACCGCCAGUCUCUUCUGGAAGGCAGCCAGCGAAAAAGCCUGCGCCACUCAUCGCGCAAGAAAGAGUGGAUCAAGAAGGACAGCAUCUUUGACAGGAAGGAGGGUGGUGGCAAAGGCAGCGAGGAGAGCGAGGGCCUCCCCAAUGGUAUCCUUGUGGGCCCCUUGUGUAAGUCAGCAGAGCGGAGCCUCAGCCUGGGUGCCUAUGGGUCAGAGCUGCCAUUUGGAUGCAAAGAUGAUGUGGAGAAUGGCAAGGAGAACAGUGACGACAGUGGGCAGAGUGAGAGCGAAAGCGGUGGGCACACCAGCGCCAACUACGUCUACCGGCAGGAAGGCUAUGAGCCAGUGGCCUUUGGGGACAACCUUUACGUCUGCAUCCCCUGUGGUAAGGGCUUCCCCAGCUCAGAGCAGCUUAAUGCCCACGUAGAGAAACAUACGGAGGAAGACCUCUACAUCAAGGAGGAAGGGACGUACGAUGAUGAGAAGGAGGAGGAAGCGGAGGAUUUGUCCAACCCCAACCAGCCCUACACAACAGAAUCCCGCCCCUUCAAGUGCUCUGUGUGCGAGAAGAGCUACAAAGAUCCGGCCACCCUACGGCAGCAUGAGAAGACUCACUGGCUGACACGGCCUUUCCCUUGCAAUAUCUGUGGCAAGAUGUUCACGCAGCGGGGCACCAUGACGCGGCACAUGCGCAGCCACCUGGGCCUCAAGCCCUUUGCUUGCGAGGAGUGUGGCAUGCGCUUUACCCGGCAGUAUCGACUGACGGAGCAUAUGCGCGUCCACUCAGGGGAAAAGCCCUAUGAAUGUCAACUGUGUGGCGGGAAGUUCACCCAGCAACGCAACCUCAUCAGCCACCUGCGAAUGCAUACCUCUCCUACAUAAGCCAAAGACUCUGCAAUGAGCUCGGAGCCCACUCGCCAUAAACAUAACCUUUUUCUAGACUUGCUGCUUUAAAACAAAACAAAACAAAAAACAAGGGUCAUUCUGUUCCCUGUUCAGUCAUAGGAAGUCUCAACCAAACAAACUUUCUCUUUCUUUCUUUCCUUCCUUCCUUACCCUCCUGGUUGUUCCCCUUUUUCCAUAUUUUUUAAAUAUAUCCUAGUUAACAGUUAAGCUCCCUCACCCUAUUUUUUUAAAGAGUUCUCCCCCCCCCCCCCCCACUUUUCACCUCUUAGGUCACAUUGUAUCACGAAAUGCCACAGCCCUCCCUUGGCUUUCUUAGCACUUUGGAAUUGCAACGAGAAAACUCAGCCACAGGUCCUCAUCUCUUUUUGCCCCUGUCCCACCUGUAGCUCUCACUGACUGUACGCCUUCACAUUCUUCAUGACAGUUGUCCUUAUGAGUUAUCAGUGAUUUUUUUUAAAAAAAAAAUAGUGUUUUUUCCCCCCUAAAUUGAUAGACAACUUAUAGCUCCUCUGAGAAAGACUGAGGCUACGGUUGAGUCCCGAGAAGGACGUGGUUUGGAAAGAUUCUGCCUGAAGAGUCUUUGGAUGCCAUGCAGGGAGAACUGUCAAACCUGGGAAGGCAACGUUUCACAGGCAUACAUUCACAUUCACACACACACCUCUUUGGCAGUGUUGGUGUUCAUGCUUUGUAACCCCCAUCUUCUCUCCUUUUCUCUCCUUUUCUUUCCUUCAACCUCUCUAGCUUUUUCCAUGGCUGAACAGGGGCAGGGUGUCCUCCCCGGAAUUUCUUUCAAGCGAGCAGGGGUCAUCUUUAUGUUUUGUUUUGUUUAUUUUCCUACUAGUUUUGUAUGAAUACACUUUGCUUACAGGUACUUGUGUUAUUAAGAGGAAAAAAAACCCAUACACACAAACACGUGGUUAACAUUUAUGUAAUUGUCGGAACUGGAACGCAUGAGGUUACUACGGAGUGGGCAGGGAGUGGGUUUGCUGUAGGCUGGAAUUGCUACGAGUUCCUUUCGGUACUUUUAAAAACAAAAUUAUUUUGUUUGUGUGCGUGUGUGUGUGUGUGUGCGUGCGGGGUGUGUGCGUGUGUGUGCGCAUUUUCGCCUUUUUUAUUUGUUUGUUUUCUCCCUCACUAACGGACGGGUCAGUAUGGACGGCCCGUUCCCUUUGCUACCUCUUGAAUUCAUGAGAACAAUAAGAUGGUUAGUGAAAUAUUAGGUGUGGCGUUUUUUGUCCUUCCUCCCUUCCCCCCCCCCCCCCCCCCCACCCCAUUGUAAGUAAGUGUACAGAGUAGAAACUAAAUUAAAUGUUAAGGGAUUUUUACCACCUCGUCCUUCCAUCAAGAAGUCAGCUAAAAUAAAGAUAGAAGCAAAAACUUGGCCAAAGAAAAUAGGUAGAUUAUAAGCCAAAGGCCCAAGUGAAUAGCCCUAUAGUGGCCACUGGCUUUCACCAAAUUACCAUUUUUUUCCCUAUCCAUUGAGGAAACGUUUUGUUUUUUGUUUUAAAUAAAAAAGAGCUUUUGGGCUCUUUCCAGCCUUGUUUAUUGAACCUGGAUGCUAUGGGAGGAAGAUGUCUCUUUGUCCGCUGCUUUCUGGCCACGUCUGGGUUAGGAGGUGAUACAUCGGACCGGAGAAGAGCGCAAUGAUGUAGCAGGCGAUAUCUUAACUAGGAUCCAGAGUGCAAUAAGAAUGUGGGGGAAGCCCAACCAAAGUGUUUUCAUACCCUCCCUUUCUGGGGAGGGUGUGGGUGUGUGGUUUUCUUCUUCUUUUUAUUAUUAUUAUUAUUGUUGUUGUUGUCGUUGUUGUUGUUAUGGAAAUCUUAAUGCAUGCACACAAAGAAGUUGGAUAAAUGGAAGAGAAAAUGCUCACUGCGUCUGUAGAAGAUAUCACCGCCAACAGCUGCUAUAGGUUUAGGAGGAGAGGACAGGGUAUCGCCUGCUAUUUUAUGGCCCCUCAACUUCGUUGGCGUGACCUUUCAUAAAAAAUAAUAAUAACGGCCCCCCCCCCCCCCUUUUGCUCCCUGCGGGUGGAGUGCGGUGGUAAAAAUUUCGCAGUCCCUUUAGAAACGAUCCUGUCUAAAUUGAGUAAGGUUUACAUAUUUUUUGUUGUUUCCUCUUUAACUUUCUUGCUCAAAACCAUUGUUCUUUUUAUUAUUAUUAUUAUUAUAUUAUUAUUAUGAUUAAUAUUAUUAUUAUUAUUAUUAUUAUUGGCAGGGCUCGCCGAAGCCCUGCAUCUUUUUUUUCUUAAAAAAAGAAAAAAGAAAAAAAACUUUUUGUCUUUAAGUUUAGACCAAAAAUAAAUAAAGUAAAUAAAAGUGAGCAUGUUUCAACUAAAACAAAGAUAACCUUUCAUUCCCCCCCCACCCCUGUAACCCCCCCCAAAAAAAGCCGAUCCUGUUAAGAAAUAGUCUUUUUGUAAAAUAUUUGGAAAAAAUAACUCAGUUCCAGAAUUUCGUACAGUUCAGAUGAAAUAUCACCACGUUGAGCCUGAUCACGUUGCAGGGAAUCUGCCCCGCCAUAUAAUCCUUCAUAACUUUACCUCACUUUUCAUGAGGCUGGGUGCUGCUUCUGAACUCCAUACAGCCCCCUGUUGUAGUGCCACCCUUUAGUUUUCCUCUCGGUUUUGUAGGCCGCUCUCAGAGCGCUCAUCUGAAACCUCUUUCUCCUAGCUUAUCCUAAAAUGCUCUCUCUUUUAGGAAAAAAAAUCACUCUUUUUAAAAAUACGAUUUGCUUUUGUGGGAAGCAAUGAAGUCUAAACCUUUGCCUUGAGUUCUAUGCAUAGUACACACAGAGUUCCCAAAUGGCGGUGGGGAUUCGGCCCUUCUUUUUCCAGUGCAAGGGGAGAAGCCCAUCUCUUACUAUUUUCUAAGAUGUUCCCAUCCCUGAGCUGCAGGUGAACAAACAUCCUUGCUGGCAAUAGAGUCCCAUGCCCUUACCCACAAAACCCAGAACUGGCACAACUGUUGUGCAUGUACAUACUCAGCCGCUGGUGCUUGCACCUAUUUCUUUCUGUGGUCAGAUUGUGGGGAAAUCACAUUGCACCACCAUUAUUCACCGCUUGUGGGUGUUGCUGUGGCAACAUCCUUGGUUGGGUUGGUCCAUUGUGUGCCAAAAUAAGAAAACCCCACAUCAGCUAAUCUGUGACUGAGGAUCAUGGGAUGGAAACCUUCCACUGCCAGCAUUUUGCCAGGAGCCCAAAAGGAAAAGUGUGAAAUGUCAGUUUCUCAACAGCAUAGACCAUCAGAAUUUGGUUUGAUCCAGCCCCAACCUUCUCAGAUAAUGCAGAUCUUUUCUGCCUCUUGAGAUGCCUUCAGAGCAGAGUCCUGAGCCAGAAAUCUGGGGGCUGAAGUCAAGCAUGGCGGUUCCUACCUCCCUCCAAAGUGACAGUGACCGUCUUCAUUCCAUGCCAUAGUUUUUUGUGAAGACACACUACCUCCAUACUUUCUCAGUUUUUCCAACUGGGAUUAACCAUGCAUUAGUUACAACCAAGCUGAAGAGCUGGUGUUAAGGCCUGAUCAGUAGACCUGCUGCUGAGCCAGGAUAGCAGAUGAAUUCCAAGUGGUAGCUUAGAGACAUAGUCACCUCCAGAGCUGGCCAUAGGUAGCAUCUACCCACUUACUUGGUGGCAAAGCCGACACCAUGGGACCCAUGUCCUUGUGCGGUUGUAUGCCCAUCAGAAUAGGUUGCUGCUUGGUAAACGUCCAUCAUUUGUUAUCCAAAGAGGAGCCCCCAGGUGUAGCUACUGCAGAAGUAUAUUUCAUUCCCUCCGAAUUGUAUUAGACUUAACAAUAGUUGUGUGUGGUGACGGGUGGGUGAAGGUAUUAGGGUUGGUUUGGAGUUUGUUUUGCUUAAGGUUUGAAGUUUGGGGAUCUUGGCGUUUCAGGAUCCGAUUUUUGUUGGGGGGGGGUUGUUCAUUUUUUAAAAAAACUAUCAAAGCAGCCUCCUUUUUUAUUAUUUCUCCCCUCAGCACUUAAAAAAUGCGACAAAAAGUCUGUGUACAGCGCGAGUAUUGUACAAAAAAUGAAAAAAGCGUCUCCUUUUUUCUCCCUCCCCCCCUUUUGCGAACAUAGUUGUGUAGAGUUGUGUUCCGUAUGCCGAACUGAUGACUUUCCCCCCCAAAUUGUGACAAUAAUAAUGAAAAAAAAACCUAAUAAUACUCAAAACUUCAGGGACUGUUCAGGGCUCAUUUGAAAGGGUCCGGGCACUCAAAACUGCAUUUGUACGACAUAGUAUUGUAUCAAGCAUUUUCUGUAUUUUAAUGAGAAAGCAAAACACUAGUUUCAUAUUUAAGAUUUUAAGAGUUCUAGGGUUAGGGUGGGGAGGGAAUUGCAAUUUUUGUUCUUUUGGUUCUGUUUCUUUUCUUUUUUGUUCUGUUUUUGAGAUACAAAAAGAGCCUCCUGGGGGAUUUUUUUUUUUAAUGUAAAGUUUCAGAGGCCUGGCAGCUUAACUAUAUGUUUUAGUCAGUUUAGAUCCAGAAUGUUUUCGGAGUAACAGGAGAGGAUAAUAAAGAAUAAAGUUAGGGGGGGGGAAAGUUGUAUUAAAAAGAUAGCUCAUACCCAAAUUCACAAAAAAAAAACCUAUUUUUUAAACCAAAGCACAUUUGAAUGAGUAUGGAACCUCACUUGGCUCAGAAAAAAAAAAAGAAU